AUGUUCAAAUACAUUGUUGUCCUGAUGGCUCUGAUUGCCGCCGUUUUCGCCGUGCCCAAGCCACAGCUCCUGUACGCACCGGCGUCUUAUAGCUACAGCGAAAGCUACCGUCAGCCAGCUGCAACGGUGUACUCGGGUGCUGCUUACAGCCCGAUCACUUACACCAACUCGUACGCAGCGCCCAUCGCUUACAGUGCACCGUAUCCGGCCGCUUACGUGUACUAA